AUGCAAUUGGUUGAAUUAGCGUAUAAAUUCUCCAGACUCUCCUACUUCAGCUGCUCAUACUCCUUUUAUCUUUUCAUUUCUCUUCUCUCUACUUCUCUUUUCUCUUUUCUUCUUUCCCCACUUCUCUUCCGGCUCCGAAAAGGCCGAGAUCCGGCCCUCCGCACUUCAGCCGCACGCCAAUGUGUCAUAUCUACUCCGAUAUAUAUAAAUGCCGGCCCCGCGAUUUGCUACAAAACUACAUAUGGUUGUCUCAUAGAUUCUUUCAUUACUUUUUAUUUCUUGAUGACCACUCAUUCGUUGUCAUCUUUAGAGUCCGAUGACAUCUCUCACCCCAACUACCACGAGGCUAUUCCCAUAGAACUCAGUAAUGUGGCAGAUGAAGCGGUAUCUCGACAAAUCUCGAGAAUCCAGUCACGACGGUCUUCGGCUUCAAAAAUAAGUGAGGUUUCGGAAGAACAUUCGGAACCACCAUAUGCAUCACAAUCUGCACAAAAAUCGGAUGAUCUCGAAAAUGCUGCAGGAGUUGAUGCUGCAAAGACAAAGACUCGAGAGUCGAUUUCUAACAACGCCAACUUUACUCGGUUUUCCGAGUCCAAGAAAAACUUGUGUGUUGUUAUCGCGGCGUCAUCAGGGUUUCUUUCUCCUCUUUCCGGGUUGGCAUUUUUACCAGCAGUGCCAGAAAUUGCUGCAAGAUUCAAUACCACCGGAGAAGUUAUCAAUAUUUCCAGUGCAGUAUAUUGCGUUUUCAUGUCACUUUCACCAUGCAUUUUCUCUCCUAUCUCCGAUAUUUACGGCCGGAGAAUUACGUUUUUGGUAUGUGCUUUCUUGUUUUCGGUAUGCACGAUUUUGGUGGCCGUUUCGGUGAAUCUCACCAUGUUUUACAUUUUUAGAUCGUUGACAGCACUUUUUGGAACUUCCUUUUUUAGCAUUGGGGGCCAUAUUGUUGGAGACUUGUAUCCUCCGGUUCGUCGGGGAACUUAUAUGGCAUGGAUUAUUUCCGGAGCACAACUAGGAACCGCAUUUGGUAGUGUUGGCGGAGGAAUUAUUGUCAAUUAUACGUCGUGGAGAAUUAUUUUUUGGGUCCUUGCAGGCAUAGGAUUCGGAGUAUUUGUUCCAGCAUUCAUAUUUUUGCCGGAAACUCUGGCACAAACCCGGCAUCAAUUGGUUCUUGAAGAAAUUCAUAAAGAUAAUCCGGGGAAAAAAUUUGUUUGGAUUCCUAUUAAUCCUUUCAGCGUUAUGGGAGCACUCAAGUAUCCCAAUUUGGCCAUUGACGGCUAUAUCACCAUUACAAUUUUGUUUACAAUGUACUCGCUUCUCACACCUAUUCGGUAUGUGGUGGAUCCUCGGUUUCAUUUGGAGAAACCUAUCUAUAGUGGGCUAUUCUAUUUGGCUCCAGGGAUGGGGUUUCUUGUUGGAAGCUUUUUUGGAGGAAAAUGGGCCGACUCGGUGGUGAAAAAAUGGAUUGCUAAAAGAGGAAAACGGGUUCCGGAAGAUCGAAUUCGGCAGGUGAUUAUUCCGCUCGGAAUAGUUUAUCCGGUAUCGAUAUUAAUCUAUGGCUGGUCCAUUGAAAAGGCUAAGGGAGGCAUGGCGGUGCCAAUAAUCUUUAUGUUUCUAUGUGGAGCUGCGCAGGUGUGUAUUUUUCCGGCAAUUAAUGUGUACUGCGUCGAUUCUAUGCCGCAAAUUGGUGGUCUGGCCAUCGCCAGCAGCUAUUUUACCCGAUAUUUGGCGGCAGCAGUUGCGUCUGCAACUUGUUUGAGGAGCGUAGAACGCAUAGGAGUCGGAUGGACAUGCACAAUUAGCGCAUUUGUGCUCUGGAGUGGACUUGGGUGCGCAUUGGUGCUCAUUUAUUAUGGUGAAAGUAUGCGAGAAAAAGCUGUAAAGAAGCAGGAGAGAAAGAAGUCCAAAACCAACAGUAGCUAA